CACUAAUAAUCGACACACAUACAAAAUCACAAAAGCUUCACGCAUUCUCAUAUAUAGAACAAAAAAAUAUGAUAGGGUUGGACGAUAUUUACAAGGUGGUGGUGGCCAUGGUGCCACUCUAUGUGGCACUUAUUUUAGGCUAUGGGUCAGUGAAAUGGUGGCAUAUGUUCAAGCCGGAACAAUGUGAUGCCAUCAAUAGAUUCAAUUGCUUCUUCAUUCUCCCAUUUUUCAAUUUCCAAUUCAUAGCAAAUAUCAACCCAUACAAGCUCAACUACCUCUUUUUAACCGGAGACCUAAUCGGCAAAGCCUUAGUAAUUUUAAUUCUCAUCUUAUGGGCUAACUUUUACAAAAAAGGGAGCUUUUCUUGGUCCAUAACUAGUUUUUCUUUGGCCACUUUGAACAACACACUUGUUGUUGGUGUCCCAUUGAUGAAGGCCAUGUAUGGGGAUUUAGGGGUUGAUCUUGUUGUUCAAGCUGCUGUGAUUCAAGCUUUGUUAUGGCUUUCUUCUUUGCUAUUUGCACUUGAGUUUUGGAGAACAAAAAUGCAUAAUAGUGAAAAUGUAAUUGGUAAUUCUGUUGAAUUGCGGACUAUUAGUGACUUGGAAGGAAAUACUACUACUACUCAAGUGAGGAAUAAUAAUAAUAAUAAUGCCCUGGCGUUUUGGCCUUUGAUGAAGACUGUCUUGGUAAAACUUGCUAAGAAUCCCAAUUCUUAUGCUUGUUUUCUUGGUCUCUUUUGGGCUCUUUUAGCCGGUAGGUGGAAUUUUGAAAUGCCAAGCAUAAUAGAGGGAUCCAUCUUGAUAAUGUCAAAGGCUGGUAGUGGUGUUGCAAUGUUUAGUAUGGGACUAUUCAUGGCUUUGCAAGGGAAGAUAAUUGCAUGUGGAGCUGCAUUGACAAUUUAUGCAAUGAUUUUGAGGUUUGUUGUUGGACCAGCAACAAUGGCACUCGGCUGUAUAGUAUUGGGCUUACAUGGAAAUGUUUUACGCAUUGCUAUCCUCCAGUCAGCAUUGCCCCAAGCAGUCGCUUCUUUCGUUUAUGCCCAAGAAUAUGGACUACAUGCCAACGUACUCGGCACUUCGGUCAUUGUUGGCACCAUUAUUUCCUUGCCGUUGUUGAUAGCAUAUUAUGCAGUUUUGGAUAUUAUGCCUUAAGAUUGAUCUCCGGGAGCAGGCUUUAUCAUUAGCUAAUUAGUGGGAAUGCUAUUAAUUAGUGGGUAGAACUUGGCUUGUAAUUGAAAUAUUUAUGUAACAAAUUAUCUUAUCCAUUUAUGAUUUUAUUGAUUUCACUCCUCAAUUUAGAAUCUUAAACAAAAGAGAUUCUAGUAAAAAGGCACGUACUGGUAGUUGGGGUUUGUGCGAUGA